UGGGGAGCAGGCAUGCGCGGCAGGGGAGGAAUGAGGAAGCGCUGCACUUGCUGCCAGCCCGGGGUGCACGGCAAAGUUUCAGAGAGCAAACAGGAGGGGGGGGGGGGGAAGCUCAACCCGUCAGAAAUACUAUUCUGGGCUUGUCGUGGUAGUGGUGUUCAUGGAGCUCCCCAGGCGGAGGUUAUGUUUCACACUAUGUGCUGACUGUCUGUACUUACAGAAGAUAUUUAAAAACAAACAGACUUUUUUUCAAAGAUUUUGAUUCCAGUGGAAUCUGUGCUUUAGAUUUUUGUCCUGUCAAUUAACUCCUGAAGCAAUGCCUGUACAAGCUCCACAAUGGACAGAUUUUCUCUCCUGCCCAAUUUGCACACAGACUUUCGACGAAACAAUCCGGAAGCCCAUCAGCUUGGGUUGCGGCCACACAGUCUGCAAGAUGUGCCUCAACAAGCUCCACCGGAAGGCGUGCCCCUUUGACCAGACCACUAUCAACACCGACAUUGAACUCCUUCCUGUGAACUCAGCCUUGCUGCAGCUAGUGGGUGCUCAGGUAGUUCCUGAGCAGCAGCCAAUUACUUUAUGUAGUGGAGCUGAAGAUACCAAGCAUUAUGAGGAGGGCAAGAAAUGUGUGGAAGAAUUAGCAUUGUACCUCAAACCACUCAGCAGCGCAAGAGGUGUGGGUCUUAACAGUACUACUCAGAGCGUUCUAAGUCGUCCUAUGCAAAGGAAACUUGUGACACUAGUUCACUGCCAGCUAGUGGAGGAAGAAGGACGGAUCAGAGCUAUGCGUGCUGCACGGUCGCUUGGUGAGAGAACAGUCACAGAGCUCAUUCUUCAGCACCAAAAUCCUCAGCAACUUUCUUCCAACCUCUGGGCUGCAGUGAGAGCCAGAGGGUGCCAGUUCCUUGGCCCAGCCAUGCAAGAGGAGGCUUUAAAGCUGGUUCUGCUAGCUCUGGAAGAUGGAUCUGCUUUGUCACGGAAGGUCUUGGUUCUCUUUGUGGUUCAGAGACUGGAGCCGCGAUUUCCUCAGGCUUCUAAAACUAGCAUUGGGCAUGUUGUCCAGCUUCUUUACAGAGCCUCAUGCUUCAAGGUGACAAAGCGUGAUGAGGAUUCCUCCCUGAUGCAGUUGAAGGAGGAAUUUCGGACUUACGAAGCUCUGAGAAGGGAACAUGAUUCCCAGAUUGUUCAAAUUGCUAUGGAAGCAGGUUUACGCAUUGCACCAGAUCAGUGGUCCUCCCUGUUAUAUGGAGACCAAUCUCACAAAUCCCACAUGCAGUCUAUCAUUGAUAAGUUGCAGACCCCAGCCUCGUUUGCACAGAGUGUUCAGGAAUUAACUAUUGCUCUUCAGAGGACUGGAGAUCCAGCUAACCUGAAUCGUCUUCGACCUCACCUUGAGCUCCUGGCAAAUAUUGAUCCCAGUCCAGAUGCUCCACCUCCAACAUGGGAACAACUGGAAAACGGACUGGUUGCUGUGAGGACGGUUGUUCAUGGCUUAGUUGAUUAUAUCCAGAAUCACAGCAAGAAAGGAACAGAUCAGCAACAGCCUCCUCAGCACAGCAAGUACAAGACAUACAUGUGCCGAGACAUGAAACAGAGAGGAGGAUGUCCCCGAGGAGCCAGCUGCACCUUUGCACAUUCACAGGAAGAGCUAGAAAAAUUUCGUAAAAUGAACAAGCGUCUGGUUCCAAGAAGACCCCUGAGUGCCUCCCUGGGCCAGCUGAAUGAGGUGGGCCUACCUUCAGGAGCUAUCCUCUCGGAUGAAGGGGGAGUGGACUUGCCCAACAGGAAAACCUCUGCUUUGCCAAAUGGAAUUGUGUCAUCAGGCAGCACAGUGACGCAACUUAUUUCUCGGGGGACUGACUCCGGUUAUGAAACUGCUCUGAAGCCAGGGAAGAUGGAUCAUCUGAGUAGCAGUGCCCCUGGAUCCCCUCCUGAAUUGUUGGAAUCUGUCGCCAAGAGCUCUAUUUCUGCCUUACCAGUGAACCCUCAUCCUGUGCCUGCUCGGGCACCAACAGAUCUGCCUUCAGUGUCUGUCACCAAGCAGUUGCAAAUGGUACCGCGUGGGUCUCAGUUGUAUAGUACUCAGCAAGCAGAUAUGUUUUAUCAGGAUCACAGAGGAGCUGCCCCACCAUUUGAGCCAGCACCAUACCAACAAGGAGUUUACUAUCCUCAGACCAUGUCUCGAUUUGUACGACCUCCUCCAUCAGCUCCUGAACCUGGUCCACCUUACUUAGACCAUUACCCACCCUACCUUCAGGAUCGUGUGGUGAGCUCACAGUACACGCAGCCACAGCAGUAUCCUCCUAUGGGACAGCCCAUAUAUCCACCACACUAUGACAGCCGUCGUGUGUACCCCCCUGUGCAGCCAUAUCAACGAGAGGAGAUUGUCCGAGGAAGCCCUGUGCCUAUUGAAAUUCCCCAAGCGGCUGUACCCUCCUACGUACCUGAAUCCAGGGACAGAUACCAGCAAACAGAGGGUUAUUGCCCGGUGGCUCCACAUCUCAGUCAGAUCAGACCUUCAUGCCACAGGCCUCAUCCCAGCCUGGAUGAACUUCACCGACGAAGGAAGGAGAUCAUGGCCCAGCUAGAGGAGAGGAAAGUGAUUUCUCCACCUCCUUUUGCACCUUCACCAACCUUGCCUCAUCCUUUUCAUUCAGAGGAGAUUUUUGUUUUUGUACAGUACUUGGAUGAAGACCUGAAGGUAGCUGGGAAGUACAAAGGAAAUGACUACAGCCAGUAUUCUCCCUGGUCCUGUGACACCAUCGGCUCCUACAUUGGAACCAAAGAUGCAAAACCCAAAGAUGUUGUGGCAGCAAGGAGCGUGGAGAUGGCGAAUGUAGAUAGUAAAGCCAUGCGUGACCAACGACUGGACAUGCAGAGAAGAGCAGCAGAGACUGGUGAUGAUGACCUCAUUCCAUUUGGAGACCGACCAACUGUGUCGAGAUUUGGGGCUAUCUCUCGUACUUCCAAAGCGAUGUACCAGAAUUCUGGUCCCAUGCAGGCCAUGGCGGUUCAGGGAGCUUCCACCAAAUCGAUGAUUUCAGACUACAGUCCUUAUGGAACUCACGGUGGCUGGGGAGGCUCUCCUUAUUCUCCCCAUCAAAAUAUACCUUCUCAGGGACGUUUCAACGACAGGGAGAGACUGUCCAUGUCAGAUGUGGCUGGUCAUGGAAAACAGUUGCCUUCAGCUGAGCGGGAGCAGCAGCUGCGCAUGGAGCUGCAGCAAGUGGACCACCAGAUUAGCCAGCAGACACAAAUGCGAGGACUAGAGGCUGGUAGUAACAGGCUGCUGUUGCAGAGGGAGGCGACUACCCUGGCAGGCCAACCACAGCCCCCACCCCCACCUCCCAAGUGGCCUGGGAUGAUCUCAAGUGAGCAGCUGAGCUUGGAGCUACACCAGGUGGAAAGGGAAAUUGGGAAGAGAACCCGUGAGCUGAGCAUGGAGAGCCAGUCUUCGUUGGAUAUAAAAAACAAACUGGGCACCACUAAACAGACAGAAAAUGGACAAUUAGAACCGCAAAGCAAGGUUCCAGCUGAUGACCUCACACUAACGUUCAGCAGUGAUGUUCCAAAUGGAUCCGCCUUGACACAAGAGAACAUCGGCCUCCUGUCAAACAAGACAGCAUCUCUCAGCCUGUCAGAGGACCCAGAGGGAGGAGGAGACAACCACGACUCCCAGAGAGUGGGAGUUACGCCCACAUCUGCUCCAUGAAGUGAGGCCAGCAUACCCCAGAGUUACUUUUGCUGGGGUGUUGGUAGCUUCCAUCACGUUUUUUUCCAGGGGUGAUUGGAGAAACCCAGGAGUAACAGCAGUAGCAGAGCAGCAGGUCCAGAGGCAAUGUGCACAAACACAACUACUAGAAACAAAUCCUGCACAUAGUUCACAUUAACGCAUUUUUUAAUUAAAAAAAAUGAAAAUUAGCAGUAUCUGCAAGCGAUUCAAAUUAAAUUUGUUUUUGUUCUGUGAAUGAACUUUAUUUUAAUAACUUUGGACGCCUUGGGUCCCAGGGCUUAAAAAAAAAAGAUAUUAUAUAUAUAUACUCUGUUUGAUUAAUUGUAUGAUCUUAAUGAAGUAGGUUUUUCUUUUAUUUUGGUAUUAUUACAUAGCCAGUGCAUAGUUCCUUAUCACUUUAAUUUCUCAACACAUAAAACAACCUGGCCACUUCCUUGUACGAUCUAAGAGUAAGCAAGGAAUGAGGGUUGGAGAGUAGCUGUGAAUUGCAGUGUCAAAAGAUGUGCAGCAAAUUUAAUUCUUAAAAUAAAUCUUCCCCUUGUAGCUAGGAACUGAACCCUAGGUUUUGCGAGACUUAUUCUUGUUUAAAUAAUUUAAAUUGAAAAUACAAAUGACAGAAUCUUUUCAAUGCAACCAGUGCAGUCCACAGUGUAAGCCCCAUCACAGCAUGUGUGAUUAAAAUGAGAACAAAAGAAGUGUCCAAUACACAUUAUUUUAUUUAAAGGUUGCUGGCAUAUUGUUUUCUGUUGGGGCUAAGGAGAUCAGCUGAACGCAGACUGAUCUACUACAACAUGGGUAUUUCUGAAGCUGGUUUGCUGGGGCUCAGGCUAGAGAGGCUUAAGUAACCAGUGAAGGUUGUGCAGCACAAGCAAGGCAGAAUCUCUAGAAAUAGCAAACAAAGAAAACAUAAGGCUGUGCAGUUGCUGGAAGGGUGUUAAUGGCAGAUGAGUUGCUCAGCUGUGCUGGAUCAUCCAGCAUUUGUUGCUUUGUUGUCAUUUUUGUUUUGUUUUGUUUGUUUGUUUCCCAUUUUCAUUGGGCCUUUAAAAUAAGCAUACCCAAAAUCUGUACAAUUAGGUUAAUGCAAAGGGACUUCCUGACCUCUGCUUUUUGAAACAGAUCUUUAAAGUGUGCCGCCCUCUCAGCAACUCUUGCCUUUGUUAUUUCUUCACUGCUAUUUAAUUACUACCAAAACAUCAUAAUUUCUUCUAUGACCUGAUUUUCUUAUUUCUGUUCAAUGGCACACCAGUUAAUUAGUUGUAAUGCUGUUGUGUGAGCCUUGAUUUGUGCACAUAAGUGAUAGUAAUCUUUCAAAAACAGAUUUUUUUCUCUUAAGGUUUCCAUUGUUUAGGGUCUGUGUGUAUCAAAAUCAGACGCCUCAGAAUCAAUUUGCAGGUUAUCUGUCACCGCUGCACUGAGUCUUUCCUAGAUUCCUGUUUCACAGGAUCAAAAAUGCCAUGUAAGCUUCAGCAUUGAUCCUGUCAGUAACAGUGAAAAGCAAGUGUGGCUUUUUAAGCGUAAGUUGGAAAAACUGUAAGGCUUCCUAGAUCUGUUUUCUUUAAAAGAUGGAUAAAAAAAAUGUUCUUGCUGCACAUUUUUUUGACUUAUCUGCAUGCACUGGGGUGAGACCCUGUAUACAAAGAGUUCUGUGGAGAUUAAUUUUAAAAUGCUGCUCCCUCUGCAUCUUCUUGGCCCAUUCUCAUUUUUUUUCUUUCUGGGUUAGACUACUAAAUCAGAAAGCACUGGUUAUGUAAUAAAUUACUGCAUUGCUUUGGUUGGGUAAAGCAAGAGUUAAUAAUUUUCUUGGUUUUUAGUUUUUUCCUUAACCUUAACUCCUGCUGAGGUCAUAGCUACCUUGGGCUAAGCUUUGCAUUCAUCAUACUGUUAAAUAAAACAAAAUGGGGGGUGGGAGGGGAUACAGUCCCACUAUUGCCUACCAGUAGGAGAGUCCAAACAGAAGACUCUUUUGAGUAGCAAUUAUUUAAUUUGCCCAGUCAAGGCACCGCGUUUGUAUACUAUUUCACAUUGAAUUUGAUUAUGCCCUACAGACCUGGCUGGUCAAGGAUUUGAUACACAUAUUGGCUUGGGAUUCGAGCUUUCUUUUUUAUUUAAAUAAAAAUUUAUAUAUAAAUAUAUAUAUACAUAUAUACGUAGUUAUAUCUGUAUAUAUAUUGGGUAUGUUUUAAGAAUUUUUUCGCAUGAGCGCAGCUGUUGUGAUCAAAUGUCUGGGAGGUAGAAGCACUGAAUGAAAAUAAAGGCAUUUUUCAGCACACACCCCCAUUCUCCAUAUGUCUUUACACAGGUUUAUUUCUUUCUUAGUUGAACUUUGGCCUCUUAACUGCUAAGAGUAGUUUUGAAGCUUGCUUUUUUUUUUUUUUAAUCCCUCUCUAACUUUCAGAGAAGAAUCGUCUUUGCACUAGAACAGCUUCGCCUGCCCCCGUCCAUCCGUCCAUAUCUCCUACCUGAAGCCUAGCAUUCCAGCUGCUCCCUUAAGAGCCGAGCAGAACUGGGCUGAUGCAGUUUUGAGCCUGUCAGGUCUGUUCCUCCCUUUUCUGCCCUGGGCUUGGUGAUGAGUAGCGGGUUCCCCUGGCAGCUCACCACUCAGCUGCCACGGGCACCGUGCUGCGUUCUCCCAUCUUUAAGCGCAGAGCACCACCCUCAGGUCAGCCGCCUCCUCGUUGGUUUUAACUCUUCCUGCUGUGUCUUUAUUAACACAGGGAGCUCGUUUUAGCUGAGAUAAUGAGUGCAAUAUUCGCAUCUAGGAGGACAAGCCCAGAAAGUACCUUUUCUUUGAUUGCAGUGUUUUUUUAUGUAAACUGAAUUCAGUUAUGUAAACUGAAUUUUUAAAAAUGGUUAUGAUGAGUUUGAAACUACAGAUUCAUUUUCAACACUAGGAAGAAAAAUGUGGAGGGGCAAAAUACUUUUCACCUUUUUAUUACUUGUGCCAGCUAUUUUCCUUUCCUGAUUGUGUUACCUUUUUUUCCCCACUUCUGUCCACUUCUGCUCUUGGGAGGUAUUCUAUUAAUAGUGAAGCUAGUCAGAUUGCCUUUGCUGGCCUACAUAUGGUGAAUGCUUCCAAAACCUGUGGAUUAGAAGGGAGACCUUACUGUUGUUUUUUUCCUUCGUCCAGCUGUCCGUGCUGUACUUUGUGCAUAGUGUCCUUGUUGUGAUCAAUGUGUCCAGGUGAAUGGCCUGUUUGCCCAGUAUUAUAGUUCGGCUUGUUAAACAGUUUGUUUAAUAUCUACCAACAAUAUUGAUUUUUGGCUUUGGGUUUUUACCCCUCCUCCUGCCUUUUCCCUGCUUCCCUGGAAAAGUUGAGUUGACCAAAGUCAAAGAGUAAAAAUACAAUGCAUGCUUUUAAGUCUUUCUGAAAGCUGCACAUAAAAUUUUCACUUUUUAUGAAAAAGCAUGCUAGCAGCACUGAUAGUGCAUGUCACGUAAGCAUUUGUGGUUACAGCACUUCUGGAGCAACUCGAUAUUGCUAGGUCCUACCACGGCCCCGGCUGUACAGAAAUACUGUCUACCUCAGUGAAAUUGGUCUCACCUAGGCAGUGGCUCAGUCCCUCCUUCUGAGGCAAGAAGUAACAAUGCUACAAUACCGUUAGGGCACUACUGCAUCAUUUAGUAGGUGGGCUGAAUUUUGUACUGCAGUAGACACCUUUGAACACGUGUUGAUACCUGAGUUUCAGCCCCAGCAUGGACAAACCCCUCAGAAUGGGAAGCUUCAGGUGUUAGGUUAAGCUUUAGUAUGUCGAACAGGGAUUUGGUCAUUAUAGAAGUGGUUCAUUUUAUUCUGUAGUGUUAUUUUCCUUCUUCCCUUGUAACCAUCUCUGCUUCUUAUGCCCUAGUUCUCUAAACAGGAGAAAUCUCCACGUUUUCAUCUGCCCCUUUUGUGUAUUGGUGUAUCCUGUCCCAUUUUAGAGUAGCCUUUUUUUUCUAGAUCAGAGCACCUUUCAAAACUUGCAGCACUGUUGUCCUUUUUCUUCUCAAUUUCUUUUGUCUAGUUUCCUCUGAGCCUUAAUCUCUCCCUUUUGUCUGUACCUUCCUUUCUUUCCUUCUGUGGCUUUCCCAUUCACCCUCCCUGGUUGUGUAACAGUGACAGCUUGCUGCCUCAAAACAGAGCAUUCAAAUGAAUUCGCUUAGCCAAUAACUUCUGUGAAGUUGCCUUUUCUAAUGGUGUUAUUACUCAGUGAUGCACAAAUGUGAUAUUGCCCCUACUGGUAGGCAAACGGGGGAUCUGUAUAAACAUGGUAAACUGCUGUUUUUCUUUAAAGGAGAGCCAAAGACUUGUGCUUUACACUUUUUUUUUUCCUGGUGUAGCCAUUUGAUUGUCAAAUCUUUGUAGGGUUUUGUGAGUUGACUGUAUUAUCCUAAUAGAAUUUUUUAAAGUUCCUGAUUGUCAAGCCUUAUCCAUGCAUUGAAUUGUGGAAAAUCAUUCCAUGUAGUCAUGCAAUUUGCAAUGUACUGAGAUGUAUCUGGGGUAUUCUGACAUGUUUUUAGUCUCACGUGCACUCCCCCAGCUGAUGGAGUGGCUCAUUUAGAGAGGGAGAAGGAACAGAAGUUUUAUAUUGUUAAGGAAGCCUUGUCUUAGUUUAAAUCUAAAUAGACUUGAAUACUGCUUUUAAACCUCUUCAAUUACGGGAAAGGAUAAAUUUGUGGUGCAGAUGUGACUGUUAAGCCCAUUGGAACUGAAAAGAUAUGUCAAUCUACCAUUACAUUAAAUUAGAUGUGGAAGAAGCAAACUCGUAUGAUGACAUUGUCUCAUGACGGCAAGAAUUGAGUAAGGUGGGGCAAAUUCUUCUUUAGAAAAGAUUAGGAGUGAAGCUUUUCAUUAAUAAUACAAAAAGUCACUUGCAUUUCCCUUCCUUCAUAUAACUUAAACUCCUGUAGACCGUUAAUAAGGUUUUUGGGUUCAGAGAGGAAUCUGAGUAGCAUAAUUGCUUAUUUCCAUUUAUAAUCUGGACUAUAAUGAAGUGGGUUAUAGGGCAGUUUCCUGAAGAACCCCAGUACAAACUAGCUGUUUCAGACCUGCUUGUAUGGUCCAAGAAAUUCAGUGCUAAUAAUCAGGAGGCUCAACAGCAGGAGUGCCAACUCAUCUUCUCUGUUCUAAAGUGGGAAACAAACAAAAAACACAUCAGCAGUAUGCAAGUUUGGUGUAUGUCUGUGUGCUUGAAGAAGUAUUUGUAGUCUUAGAAUACCUAGAAGGAACACAGGAAGGCUGACUGUGGCAUGAUCUUACUGUCAUACUCAAAUUUUGUCACGUUUAGAAAACACGCACUUCCAAUGCUGGUAGCACUGACUUUUUUUAACAAAGUGUGUCAGCAACUUAAUGUUUUGUAUGAUAAUAGACCAAUUUCCCUGGACAAAAAAAAAGGAAACAAAAUUCUUGAGUUGUCUAAAUAGGAAUUUGGAAAUGAACUGAAAGAACAUCUGCCUUGUUUGCAUGUAAACUCUGCAUUUGAGGAAAGUGAAACAGCUCUUCUGAGCCACCUCCUAAGGUGUGGCCUUGGUGCUAGAAGUCAGGUGGCUGGUUCUUGCAGUAUGUGAGCACACAGGCCAUGUAGCUCAAAUUGAUCUUUCUCAGAUCAAAUAUAAUCUAAAAUAUCCAACCUCAUUGGGGAUUCUCUUUUUCAUACUAAACUGUUAUCAACUGCAUUAUUUCCUACUGAAAGGAGGAUGAAAGAGGCUGAAAAAGUAAGUUCAAGUUACAUAAGUAAGCGAUUUGGGGGGAUGUUAUCCCAGUCGAGUCUGUUUACACAGUUAACACGUGGUCUUUAUCCUUGUGUAGGAAGAAGAAUGUAGCUGUUCAGUGUUGUCACAGUCUUCAGGGCACUUCUUGUCAUGCAGGUAGAGCCUUGAUUAGCAGGGAAAGGAGAGCAAACUUAAUAAUGAUUUUUAUUUUUUUUUUAAAUGGCAAGUGUAAUAUUCUGCAGAAACUCUCUGAAUACUAUGGUAAGUUAAGAGGGUGCAGCUUUUUCUGGAAAUUCCCAAUAAAAAGAGCAUGUGGGAAUUCAGAAUUGUCUGUAUCCUCUUUCUGCGUCAGAAACAUCCCAGUCAUUUGAAGCUUAAAAUAUGUGACCACAGUAAUAAAAAUUGAAUGUCUGUAGCUUAGUAACCUAAAUAAUUCAUUGUUUUUCCCAGGCAAUCCUUGCAAUUUCAGUGAGUUUAUGUAUGAUUUCAGUGCAGAUUGCCAGGUGUUCAACAGUUUGGAACGUUCAGGUACCUAACUUCAUCCAACAAAGUGAGUAUCUUCGGACAUACAGGUUGGAAGUUUUCAUAUUCCAGGAAACAAAUGGAAGUUUUAGGAACACAUCAGUUUCAGUUUAAGAAAACACAGUCUUGGGAAAGAUAGAAACAAUAGGUGGUGCAGUGUCUCUGAAAAUACUUCUUUAAAAAAAAAGAGAUGAUGGGAUUACACAUGAAAUGUAUAUGGGCAAAAAUAUAUCUGUAAGGAAAAAAAAUCUUGUGGAGUAUUUGAUGUUUAAGAAAUUAUUUGCUUCUUUGUAAUGUUAAAUGAUAUACUAACUCUGUGGCAGACAGUACUCACAAGUCUUUGGCAUCCAAACCAGGCUGUGUACUGGAUGGAUCCCACAACUGGACGUGUGCACUGACCUCUUUAUUUCUAGCUUUUUAAAAUGUAACUUGGUAGCAGCACUUCAUAAAUGUAUAAAGCAACUAGAGACAGAAGAGAACACUGUUCACAUCGCAGCUGCUGCAGUUUACCAAUUGGUACCUUUAAUCCACAGCCUCUCCUAAGGGAAGCUGCUCUAACAUGGGCAAAUCUAGCACACCAAAUGAUUUUGUUUUUCUAAUUUUAAGAAGUUCCUGUUACCCCUUUGGCCUCUGCUUGCUGUGUAAACAGCCUCUAUGCUAAGAGAAGCUUUCCCUGAAGUCAGCUUAGCAACUGUACUGGAGCUUGAUUAUUUUCCCUGUUUUCUAUAACUGGUAGCAUAGUGUCGAGAGCUCUUUCCCCAUUGUAUUUGUUGCUAUGGGGAAGAAGAGGUGAGGCAAGGCAUGUGUGGGAGGCGGGAGGAAGUGUUGGGGGUUCUGUUUGGUGAUACCCCCCCCCCCCCCCCCCUUUCAGAUCAUCUGCUUCCAGUUGUGGGAUUUCUCUAUAGAUGACAUUUUUUUUCUCCUGUUUUUGUAAGCCUAGUUUUCUUUGAUCUUAUUAGUUCUGUACAAGUCUCCCCGAGACAUUCUGCAGUCAUUAUCACCUUUUUGGGUGGAGUUUAUUUUUUGUUUGGUUGGUUGGUUUUUUAAAUAACUUUUUAACAUUGGUGCAUAUAUGCUUGGGAUAGAGCUCAUGUAAUUUUCCAAUCGUAUUGAUUGUAUGUGAUUGUGCCCUGCAGAGGUAUAUUUAACAAAAAAAUAAAAUGGAUAGUCUAGGUAAUAAAGGAGACCGUGAGAUUUGUUGAGUCAGGUUAUGAACUAUUUCUUGAAUUUAUUUAGGAUAUUGGAUAAGUGAAAUUCCCUGUCUGCUGUUCUCAUAAGUCAAUGCUAAACAAAAUGUCAUUAUUUCUGUUCAUUGAACUGGUUCUUUUCUUGCUUUUCUCCUCCUCUUGCUGUUUUCUUCCUUUCCUGCUGUUCUUCCCCCAUCCAAAAAAAGAAAUAUCUUGAGCCUUACGGGGAUGGCUGACUGUUGGAAUGAUGUUGUGAAUAUGUAUUGUUGUAACUACCAGAACACUUUUAGUAGGAGUAGAGAUUAAGUAGGAUGUAUGAGAAGAAUUCUGUAAACUGAAUUCUUUGCAAGUUCAGGGGAAAUUUGAAGCCUUGUACAUACAGGUCUAGUCGUGGGGAGACACGGAGGCCUGUAAGGCAUUGAGAUGUCUUUCCUUGAAACGUUAGAGGCUUUGCUGCCCGUUGGAAAGUCUCUGAGAUGACAAAAAGAGUAGAAGAGUUUGCUCUGACUCCCUGUGUCUUUACUCCUGCAAUAGACUUUUUAAAAUGUGAAAGAAAAGCCUUUAGGUAUUGUGCUGAAGUGGGACAGAGCAGAUUGAAGGAGGCAAAAGGCAAGAGGAUCCAGAGAUCCGAAAGGCAGAGUUUGUCUCCUUUCUUUUUUAACCUGUAGAGCCAACGGUGUUACUUCUUGCUAAAGAACGAGGAAGUGGAGGCCUGUUGUGUGUGCAUGGUGGUUAUGUAGAAAAAGCCAUAUGUCAAAAUGUGAUUUCCUUUUCUCUCUUCCCCAUGUUUUUCUCCCUCCUAAAGCUGACUCAGCCUCACCCUGCUUCCACAUAGUGUGUAAGGGUCCUUUGAGUUGCAGAUUCAACAAACAAAUACUCUGAGUGGAAAGGUGGUGAUUCGCUACUUGGUUUGUAAAUAGAUGAAAGUGUCUACAAGGUCUUAUCUGCUUUUCUGUCAGCGUUUAUAUUAAAUGAUAAAUUAAUGGUG